UGCAAGCUCGUAGUAUUCUUCAUUCAGCUUCCAGUCAUCUUCUUCCUAUCCCUCCACUCGCAGUUUCCUUUCAAUCGAAUUUUUUGAUCAAAUGGAGAGCGCCAAGGACUCCGCUGCUCACACCACAGAGCAGACCAAGAAUUUUGGAGCGGAGAAGACAGGGCAGGCCCAAGCACACGCUGAGGGAAUGGGGCAGGCUGCCAAGGACAAGGCCAACCAGGCCGGUCAGGCCACAUCUGAUGCCGCCCAGACGACCAAGGACAAGGCUGCUGAGGCCAAGGACAACGCGGGCAAUGCCCUGCAACAGGCUGGUGACAAGGUGAUGGAGACUCUUACCAAUGCAAAAGACGCUAUUACUGGCAACAAUCAGUGAGUAGAUCGUAAGCAUCAGGAACUGAAGAGAGGAGCCACUUCAGCUGGAUCAGUCACGUAUACAAUUUGUCUGGCAACUAGCAAAAAGGCUCCUGCGAUUCACAGUUGGGAAAUUCCAAUUUCCAAUGCUGAAGUAGUUGAAUUCAGCUGAGUGUGUCAUUCGUAGGAUUUCAGGGAACUAAAUUUGUUCUACAACUGUACAAAUUAUAAAUACAAGAUAUUUCACAUGAUUAUUUUGUCGUC